AUGUCAAGCUCUGAUUCCGAUUCUGUAGAUAACAUUAAUUGUUUUAGUACAUGUGCAGAAUUAGUGACAGUUGAAGAGCAGUCUGCAAUGGAUGAUGAACCACAUUCAAUCGUUGCUGAUGUUGCUAAGGAUUCGGAUGCUACCAAACCCGAUCAUUACGUUUGGAACUGUGUUAUGUCUUGGUAUGCUGAGAGUCGGGGUAUUCUGAUUAAAACUGAUGAUUCAGGUGCUAUGGUUUUAGAUUAUGACCGUGACAAAAAUGCUUUAACAGGGAAAUCUGAUGUAUCGACUGAUAAACUUGAAACACUUGUUUCAAGUGACUCAGAAAUGUGUUCUGGUGAUUCAGACAACUAUUCUAGUAUGCCUGAAACAUCAACCGAUACAUCAGAAACUCAUGAACAAGAGAAAAAUGAGAAAAUUGAUAUGUUUGAUUGUGUUAGUAAAGAAGUCGAUGGACAAGGAUCAUCUGAUGAAUCUGACAUUCAAGUUGUAGAUUCUGGUAUGUCAGAUAAUGAGCGUAGCACUUCUGGGAAUUUUGAGUGUGACAAACACCCAGAACUAAGUAGUGCAACGCCUGAAGAGAGUCAAACAGUUUCAAACACAGAUUGCUCUUCGUCUGAGAAACCAGAAUCAGCUGAUGUCAGAAACUCAGAGGUUGAUGAAGCUGAAGAAGAGAUAUUCGUAGAAACCAAUUCCGAGGAAACUUAUGAGAUUUCAGAGUCUGAAGAAAAGGGAUCCAUGGAAAUCAAUUCAACAGUUGAUUCAACUGAUGAAACUGAAGAAGAGAUAUCUGUGGAAGCCAAUUCUGUAGAAACUCCUGAGAACAUAGUUUCUGAGGAAAAGGAAUCUGUGGAAGUCAAUUCAACAGAUGAUUCAACUCUCGAUCCCAAAGGAUCAGAUUCGGAAGAAAGCAUUUCAAAUAAAGCAAAGUCUUCCAAAUCUGCUCCUUCAAAGAAGAAACGAUCACGUAAAAACAGAAGACCACGGAAAAAGAAAAUUCAAAAGGAAAACCCGACUCUCAAGCAAACUGAACCUAAGUUGAAAGGUAAGGUUGUCGAUACUUGCUCUUGUGCUGAUAACUGUAAGCCGGGUUCUUCCAAGACCAAACAUACAUACAAGCAAUCAGCGUGA